AUGGCGGAGGCGGAGGCCGCGGGGUCGUCGUCGUCGAGGCGGCGGAUGGAGGACAAGGAGGGGGCGGCGGCAGCGGCAGCGGCGGCGAUGGAGGCGGACGCGGAGGCGGGGGCCAGGGGGAGGGGAGAGGACGAGGACGAGGAGGGCGAGAGCAGCGACUACACGUCGGAGGACGAGGGCACCGAGGACUACCGCCGCGGCGGGUACCACGCCGUCCGCGUAGGGGACUCCUUCAAGCAGGGAGCCUACGUCGUGCAGUCCAAGCUCGGAUGGGGCCACUUCUCCACCGUCUGGCUCGCCUGGGACACCGCCCACUCCAGAUAUGUGGCACUGAAGGUGCAAAAGAGCGCUCAGCACUACACGGAGGCGGCCAUGGAUGAGAUCAAGAUCUUGAAGCAGAUCGCUGAUGGUGAUCCUGAUGACUCCAAAUGUGUUGUUAAGCUCCUUGACCACUUCAAGCACUCGGGCCCUAAUGGCAACCAUGUGUGCAUGGUAUUUGAGUUUCUUGGUGAUAACUUGUUGACCCUGAUAAAGUACACGAACUAUCGUGGAAUUCCCCUUCCGAUGGUCAAGGAGAUAUGCCGCCAUGUGCUCAUCGGCCUCGACUACCUCCACCGCACGCUUUCUAUUAUUCACACUGACCUUAAGCCUGAGAAUAUAUUGCUUGUGUCUACCAUUGACCCCUCAAAGGACCCCCGGAAGUCAGGUGUGCCCUUGGUUCUGCCUUCUGCCAAGACAGACGAGCCAACUCCAAAGGCGCCUGCACCAUCAGUAAAUGGUGGCCUCUCCAAGAACCAGAAGAAGAAGAUCCGGAGGAAAGCCAAACGUGCAGCUGCUGCAACUUCAGAAGGUGGUAAUGCUGUGGCAUCUGCUGACACAGAUGGGUCAGACGACAGAGGAGAUCUAGGCACAACAAAUGAGGGCAGUCCUAGCCAGGAUGGAGCUAAGAAGCGGUCAAAAGGAGAUAGACAGGGUAGCAAAGGGGCUAAGAAGAAGAUGGCAAUGGAGGCUGAUCUGAAGUGCAAGCUGGUGGACUUUGGAAAUGCAUGUUGGACAUACAAGCAGUUUACAAGUGACAUUCAAACAAGGCAGUACAGAUGUCCUGAGGUUAUACUUGGUUCCAAGUAUUCUACAUCUGCUGACCUAUGGUCCUUUGCGUGCAUCUGCUUCGAGCUUGCCACGGGGGAUGUACUGUUUGAUCCACACAGUGGUGACAAUUUCGACAGAGAUGAGGAUCACCUUGCGCUGAUGAUGGAGCUACUAGGAAUGAUGCCUCGUAAGAUUGCCUUGGGUGGUCGGUACUCGCGCGAGUUCUUCAAUCGGUAUGGAGAUCUGAGGCAUAUCCGACGCUUGCGGUUCUGGCCUCUGAACAAGGUGCUGAUGGAGAAGUACGAGUUCACUGAAAGAAACGCAAAUGACAUGGCGGAUUUUCUUGUACCGAUACUUGAUUUUGUUCCUGAGAAGCGUCCUACAGCUGCUCAAUUGCUUCAGCAUCCAUGGCUUGAUGCUGGUCCGCUUCAAAAGCAACCUACAACCCUGCCAGAUUCUACGCAGAAUUCAGCUGAUGGUGUUUCAGAGAAGCAAAGGAAAGAGAAUGAAGAAAGAGAUGCAAUGGCAGUAGAGCUGGGGAACAUUGCCAUAGAUGGUGCUUCGCCAUCCAGGACGGCGAGUGAUCCUCAAGCAAGCACGAAUAAAGCAACUGCUACCCCUUCUAAGAAGUGAGAUGCUGUUGUUUUUACAACCUCAGUUCUUCCUGUGUGGGAAACGGUUGUUUCUUUAGGUUUGAAAUAUGUUAGGGAUAGUUACCCGGGGAAAAGAAGAGUAGGGGGUUGGACUUCGUUGUAUGGGGUUGGAUGGACAAGGUUAGAUUUGUUGGGGGGCGGCAGAGGCCCUUGUUUUUUUUUUCUUCCUGAGAACAUAUUCUUUUGUACAAUUAGGAUCUGCAAUUUUUUAAGCCAUCUAGGAGUGAAUUGAAUGACUGAGCAAAGUCACUUUUACAUA